CCCUCCCUGUCCUGAUCAUCACUAUAAAUACGUGCUACGUCAACCAAUCAAGAUCAUACAGCGCAAAAGUAGAAACAGAGAGCUCCCCUGUUUUCAAACACUCUCUGCCUUUUCUUCUGGCAAGCAAUUUCUGCUGCUGCAGCCAUGGCCGACAGCAACCAUGGUGAUGUGGAACUAAUCGGCACUUGGCCGAGUCCAUUCUCGAUGCGUCCCAGGAUCGCCCUCAACAUUAAAUCCGUUGAGUACGAGUUCCUCCAGGAGCAGGAGCAACUCUGUUCCAAGAGCGAGCUCCUCCUCCAAUCCAACCCUGUCCACAAGAAAGUCCCCGUCCUUGUACACAACGGCAAACCCAUCUGCGAAUCCAACAUCAUCGUCGAGUACAUUGACGAGGUCUGGCCCUCCGGCCCUUCCAUCCUCCCCGCCGACGCCCACAAUCGCGCCGUCGCACGCUUCUGGGCUGCUUAUGUCGACGAAAAGUGCUUCCCGAACUUGAGGGCGGCGGUAACUGCGGCGAGCGAGGAGGAGAAGAACAGGGCUGCGGAUCAGCUGAAGGAAGUUGUAGUAAGGAUGGAAGGAGCGCAUGUAGAAGUGAGCAGAGGGAAGGAUUUCUUCGGCGGGGACAGGAUUGGGUUUGUGGACAUUGCGUUUGGGAGCAUGUUGGGGUGGUUGAGAGCCGUGCAAGUGAUUCUGGGAGGAGUGAAGCUUCUUGAUGAGGAGAAGACGCCUGGUUUGGUGAAAUGGGCUGAGAAAUUCUCUGCCGAUCCGGCUGUUAAGGACGUGCUGCCUGAAACCGGCAAGCUGAUCGAGUUUUCCAAGCUCCUCAUUGCCGCAAUCAGAGCUGCAGCAGCCGAGGAUUAGAGGAUAGAUUAUGUGUAUGGGCUUUAUGUUGUUUUCUUGUAGCCCUGUUUCUUCAGCUUCAUGUUGAUUUGAGGGACUUCGUAGCUAUCCCCUUGUGCCUUACUCUAUUUUGUCAUAGGCAAUAACAAUUUAAAUUCGUCCCGUCCAGUAGUACCCGACUUCAUUUAUGAUGGUGUGGAAUGAGAUACGAGUACUAUUUUCAAUAUGU